UCUGCAACGCCCCUGCGACUUUUCAGCGGGCCAUGAACAUGGCUUUUCAGAAUUUCGUGCGGAAGACUCGCCUGGCGCAGAGCAUCAUCAACUACUGCGUGAUUGUGUACAUGGAUGACAUCUUGGUGUAUUCGAGCUCCUACGAGGGACACGUGCAGCACAUCGAAUGGGCACUACAUGCGUUACGAGACGCAGGUUUCAAGGUGGCGCUUGAGAAGUUGGACCACGUGCUUGGAGGAACCCAGGGACGAGGAUACCCGACCAUCCGGCAGGAGUAUCUGAAGCCAUAUGAGAUCAUCCCUCACGCCUUCUAUCCGAGGGCAGACGAAGUGGUGAUCGACGACGACGAAGAAGAAGACGACGACGACGAGGAAACAUCGGAAGAGGGAAGCUAUAGUGAACAUAGCGAGGGCGAGCUGAGCGAAGGAGAAGAGGAGGAAGAAGAAACCGGAUCCGAGUGGGAAGCCUUGCCGGAGGAAGCGACGCGUACGGGAACGGAGGUGGAAGAUCCGAAAGCGGCGCGAAAGCGCGAAGAAAUUGCCACCAGGAAGCGUCAGCUGGAGUUCGCCAGCGAAGUAAGCCUGCACGUCGGUAGCGAUCCGACCAGGGAUCCAGAGCCGUCGAAGCACAAAGAUGGCGACCCUGCAGCCGCCACCUCAAGUACCACGCGACGGAGACGGAGCCGAUCCCCCUCCUCCUCCAGCCCCACCCAUCCCCCAGUUUGCCCACGUACCGAUGCGGGCGAUAGGCAUUCGUCCUCGGACGCUGUCCCGCCGACCCCUUGACUUCCUCACCCUUGAGCAGAUCCGUACCCCCGUCACCUUCCCUUCCCAUCCUUUCCAUCCCCAUCUCUUCCGCGAUUUCUAUUCUACCCGUCUA